AUGUCAGAAACCGCUCCAGCAUCCGCGACCGAGAAGAAACCAGCAGCCAAACGCAAAAGAACGGGACCAAACGUCCGCGACCUGAUCGUCAAGGCUGUGUCCGAGUCUGAGGAGAGGAGCGGUGUGUCCCUCCCCGCCCUGAAGAAAGCGCUCGCUGCCGAUGGAUACGAUGUGGAGAAGAACAACUCCCGCGUCAAGAUCUCCAUCAAGAGUCUGGUGACUAAUGACAUCCUGGUCCGGACUAGAGGAACCGGUGUCUCGGGCUCCUUCAAACUCAACAAAAAACAGACCGUGGCCAAGAAAAAGACAAAACCCGCCAAGAAAGCGGCUCUUAAAGCCAAGCAAACCGCAGCCGCAAAGAAGCCCAAAACUGCAGCAGCGAAGAAGUCCAUCGCUAAGAAAUCGCCGAAGAAGGUGGAGAAACCCGCCGCUACCGAGAAGAAACCAGCAGCCAAACGCAAAAGAACGGGACCAAUCGUCCGCGACCUGAUCGUCAAGGCUGUGUCCGAGUCUGAGGAGAGGAGCGGUGUGUCCCUCCCCGCCCUGAAGAAAGCGCUCGCUGCCGAUGGAUACGAUGUGGAGAAGAACAACUCCCGCGUCAAGAUCUCCAUCAAGAGUCUGGUGACUAAUGACAUCCUGGUCCGGACUAGAGGAACCGGCGUCUCGGGCUCCUUCAAACUCAACAAAAAACAGACCGUGGCCAAGAAAAAGACAAAACCCGCCAAGAAAGCGGCUCCUAAAGCCAAGCAAACCGCAGCCGCAAAGAAGCCCAAAGCUGCAGCAGCGAAGAAGUCCAUCGCUAAGAAAUCGCCGAAGAAGGUGAAGAAACCCGCCGCUAAGAAAUCACCGAAGAAGGUGAAGAAACCCGCCGCUAAAAAGAUAACGAAGAGCCCCAAGAAGACAAUGAAACCCGCGACUCCUAAGAACGCUUCUAUAGAUGUAUAUCUAUGA